AAAUCUCCGUUUGGCCGAAUCGAGAAACAAUCAUGGCGGACUAUAAGGAGGCGCCCUUGAUGAGUCGGCCAAAAACACUUGAUGCGAACGAGUAUUUCAACCUUUCGACGGAAAAGCGACGUGCCGAAGAGGAAAGGGCAGCACUGCGAGCGAACCUGAAGAGACAGUAUCAACUACAACUGAAUAACCCGCUGAGGAAGGAGCUUGUUGUGAGUGGCGACCUGCUAGCUGGCAAUGUCACCCUUGAAAACGGACAAGGCUAGAAGCUAACUACAGCUGGGGAUAUAGGAAAUAGGACAAAAAAUUAGAAUUAUUCCCCGUUUGGUUACUAAGAAUGAUAGCUUUUCUACUUUACAAUGUUUCAGCUGCACCCGUAUGUGAGUGUGCAUCCAAGUAAGUCCACAGUGUCAGACUGUGAAGGCAAAUCAUGAUAGCUAAGUCCGUUGUUAUUUUAUUUUAGACUACUGGAGAGAGAACAUGCAAACAGUGAGUUAAAGUGUAAUUAAUUCAGCUUUUGACAGUCUACACAAGCCAAUAAGAGAGUGAUAUUCACAUGGUCUAAUUACAUUCCAGGUAACAAUCCAAGUGUCCUCACCUUUUGUCCUUAAUUUUCCCAAUCCAGGUGUGACUGAUCAUUGUGACUACUCAGACACACCUGAAUUCAUCAGUUUGUCCAAUAAUGCAAGACAGGAAAUAAUGGAGCUGCCUAUAAGGGAUAUUCCGGCGUAAAUUUGAUUUAGGGUCAAACAAACGGUAACACCAAGUUAGACACCCCCUCGAGAGAUGAAUGUUGCCGACCGCUUGCUUCUCUAGUUAUACCAACUUUAGUAACGACCCACGAUAGCAAUACACAGCGGUCUUAAACAAACCUCAACCAAAAUCGCCACUCUACAGCCACAAAUAACCCCAGGCCAGUCCAUUACGGUCUGCUGCGGGGUGACGCAGCUCAAAGAAGAACAUUUAUGACCAUCACUUUAUCAUUUCCUUGAAGUAACAAUCAUCAUAUUAAUCAUGUUGCGAUGCAGACACAGUAGUUCCUCUGCCUUAGCGUCUCAGUCUGAUUGUAUUUCCAUGAAGAAAUGAUCAUAGAUGUUCUUCCUUGAGCUGCGUCACCCUGCUGUAGUCCAUAAUGGACUGGCCCGAGGUCUCCUACAAACUAGCGGCUGCUGGAAGAGAGUAGGUGAGUUGUGUUUAGUCUCUUUGCUAAAGAAAUUUUGCAAAGUUAAAAAGAUCUUUGGCGGCUAGUACUAUGGUUAGGACCCUUUUAUGUACUGUUGAUAAAGUGAGGUGCUGUUCCGAGCAUUAUUUAUGGCUAUAGAGUGGCAUUUUGGUUGAAGUUUGUAUAUGGCUCCUCAGACUGCUGUGUAUUGGUAUCGUGCGGUCGUUACUAAAGUUGGUAUGGUAUAACUAGAGAAGCAAGCGGUCUGCAACAUUCAUCUCUCGAGGGGGUUUCUAACUCAGUGUUACGGUGUGUUUGACCCUAAAUUAAUUUUACGCCGGAACAUCCCUUUAAGUUUGAGAAGUAGUGGAUCGGUGCAUAGAGCCCAUUAGAAUGAUUAAUGUUUAAAUGGAAAAGCAAACCAACAAAAAAGCAACCAGCCAAUUGAACGUUAAAUAAUGCACAUUUGUGAAAUCAAGACAAAUGAGAGGUAAAACAUAAGCCACAGAAUGAAAGAGUUUUAGCAGCACAGCGAUAACAUCAAUAUACAUCUUUUUUGCCAUCAUUAACAUUAAUAAACUUAUCUUUGUCAUUGCAGGAAGACCCAGCCCUGACACGUUGGGUGUACGCACGUGCCAACCCCUUACCGCACUUCAGGCCCACAUUCAAGACAUCUCUGAUGGGCGCUUUGGGCGGAGUUUUACCUCUCUUUGUCCUCUACUACAUUUUCAAGACAGACCGGGUAUGAGAUGAGAUGUGCCAAGUUCUUAUAGUUAAUUGAUUGCAAAAUAAAAUUAUUGUCUCAUGAUUCAAUAAGCUGCAGAUUCACAUGCAUUGGAGUUUUGUGUGUGUGUUGUGAGACUUAAGUCCUAGUGUUCCACAAACAGUGACAGAGGCUAAUGUCUUUUGGCCUGCUGGGAUUCUUUGAGUUGUAUGAGGCAAAACAGACAUUUAUAACCACUUAUCAUUGCAUGUUAAAACCCACCCUCAUUAACAGCAGGCGUUUGAGCUUCAUUUCCAAUCUCUGCCACUUCCCGUGAUGGAAUCUGUAUCUGCUUUUUUCUGCCAACACCCUGUGCCUCACUAGUGCUCAAGUCUUCAUUGACUGUCAUAGACGGCAAAAUAACAAUGUAGGACAAGAUUGGGACUUUGUCUUGCAGGAGAACAAUUGAUUUCUUUUGUGUGUUUAUGUGUGUCAGUUCCCUUUAUGUUUGAAAUAGACUCCCCGCUUGAAAUGCUGCCUGCUUUCAUUUUUCUCCCUACUGUCAUGUGGAGUUAGCCUCAAAAUCUGCCUCUGCCUCCCUCACUCUGCAGGGCUCCGUUAUCUUAAAAUGCUCACAUGUUAAAAACACAGUUGAAGAAAUUUGUCAGGAACAUUAAGAGACUUCAGGUGGUAAUUCUUUGACCUUACUGACCUAUUUAUUUAUUGUUUGUUUUCCAGAAUAAGAAAGAGAGGAUGAUCAAGGACGGAACCCUGGAUCGCACAUUUAGUAUGACAUAUUGAGCUCCGGUGUAUUAAAAUCUCAUUUAUGUCCCUGUGAAGUCAGUCUGUGUAAUUAUCAUAUAUCCAAUAAAAUUCUAUUGUUAAAAACAAUCA